ACAUGUGAUUUCUUGACAUUCGUAUUGAAUUGAAUUGUUGAUAUUAUUUUGAAUUAUUAUUUUAAUGAAAAUUCAUUUGCAUUUACAAUGGAUUUUACUAAAUUAGAUGAUGAUGAUGAUGAUAUUUCGAACAGUGGUGACAAUGAUUCAAAAGAAUGUAAUGAUUUUGAAGAUGAAGAAAUGUCUGACGAUCCGGAUGAUAGUGAGGAAGAUGAUAGCGAUGCGGAUGAUGAAGCUUUCAUUGUAGCCGAAAUAAACAAAUUACAAGAUGAGCUUUCACACAAUCCUUAUGAUUAUGACAAGCAUGUCAAAUUGAUCGAAGCAAUUCGAUUGAUUUCAGUUGACCGGGAAAAUGGUCAAUUAGAUUGUCUACGUUCUGCGAGAGAAAAAAUGAACAAAGUAUUUCCAUUAUCACCAAAACUUUGGAAAGAAUGGAUUCAAGAUGAAAUUUCCGUUUCGAAUACACCGGAACAAUGUAAAAACGUUAUUGAUCUCUACAGACGUGCAGUUUCAGAUUAUAUUGAUUUUGAUCUGUGGAAAGAUUUUGUAAACUAUGCCAUCGAACAAAAAAACCUAAUUGGAAUUGAUUCCAUACGUGAAAUACUUGAUAAAGCAUUAGCUCAAGCUGGCUUACAUGUUAAACGAGGUUCUUCCAUUUGGACCUUGUAUAGAAAUUUUGAAAUGUCAAUACUUGAAGAUAAUGAUGGAUUAGAGGAACAAAAGCGACAGGAGUUACUCCAAAAACAAAUGCAUCGCAUCUAUGAGCUUUAUUGUAGACAAAUUUCCUUACCAUUGAAUGGAAUAGAAGAAGUUUAUCUCGAAUUUUUGCAAUGGCUCAACGAAGUGGAAAAAUCAUUCAAAAUAAAUCUCAAGCAAAACGAUUUUUCUAAAAUCGAAACUAAGUACAAUAAAGCACUGAAAAAAUAUAAAUUGUUGGAAAACUAUGAAAAUAAAUUGCAAAAUUCUGAUUCACCGCAUUAUCAAGAAUAUGUUGAAUAUUUGGAAUUCGUGAAAUCGAAUGAUGAUGAUUUGGCUCGUACACAAUGCCUUUAUGAGCGUGCCAUCACUGACAAUUGUUUACAAAUUGAUCUUUGGCUAGAUUAUUUGACAUAUUGUAAUUCUAAAUUUGUUGUCGAGGAAAUUAUUCUUCCGAUAUAUGAACGUGCAACCCGUAAUUGUUAUUGGGAUGGUAAUAUUUGGAUUCUUUACUUAGAAGCAGCUGAACGUGUUGGCCUACAAAAAUCUUCGAAAGAUUUACAAUCACAACUAUCUUUGAUUCUGGAACGAGCAUUGAAAAGUGUUUCAUUCGAAUAUUAUCUAAAUUUAUGGAUAACAUAUCUAUGUUUUUUGCGAAGAUUGACAAAUAAAAUCGGUUGGAAUGAUUAUGAAGCUGUUGAAAAUCUUCGCAGUUCUUUGCGAUCGGCCAUCGAUCAAUUAGAGUCAUACAAAGAUGCUGAUUAUUGUUAUCAGAUUUAUAAUCUAUAUGCAGAUAUUGAAGCACAUUUUUUAAAAAAUUUAACCAACGGUCGUACAAUCUGGAAUGAGUUUCUGGAUAAAUCCUCAUCAUUAAAGCAUCAAGCAGAAACAUGGCUUGAUUACGGCCAGUUUGAAUUACGGAAUGGUGACAUUGAACAUGUACGUCAAGUAUCAUUGAAGGGAUUGAAUAUUUGUAAAGAUGUUCCAGAAAAGAUUGGAGAAUGGUUGUUGAAAGUUGAACGGACAUAUGGCGAUGAUAUAAGUGUUUUUCAACAAUCAAAAAUUAAAUAUGAAAAAAUUAUCAAAAAAAUUAAUGAAAAGCGUUCAAGACAACAAAACGAAUCUCAAAAGCAUGUCAAAUGUGAUGUCACAACAUCUAAACGAAAAGCUGAUAAUAAUCUGGUAAAAGAUGAGCAUUCAAUAAAUAAGAAGAAAAAAAUCAGCCAAAAAACAGAAGAAUCAAUUCGUCAUGGUGUCACUGUCCAAACAGAUGAAUCAAAACGUGAUGAAACAAUUUUCAUUAGUAAUCUAGAUUUUAAUGUCGACGAGGAAGAAUUACGGAAAAUUUUUUCUCAAUUUGGUGAAGUUCGAGAUGUUCGAUUGGUGUUAAAUUACAAAGGCUUAUCGAAAGGUUAUGCAUAUAUUGAAUUUAACCACAUAAAUUCCGUACAGAAAGCAUUAAAACAUGAUCGAAUGUUAAUACGACAACGACCUGUAUUUAUCACUGAAAUGGAUAAACGGAAAAGUUUUCAAUAUGGCCGAAAUAAAGAGGACAAUAAAUUGUUCAUCAAGAAUAUUCCAUUAGAAAUUACUGAAGAAGAAUUUUUGGAUAAAGUAUUCUCAGAAUAUCGUGAUUCAAUUAUCAGUGCUCGUUUGGUUACACGUCGUGAUGGUCGAUCAAGAGGUAUAGCUUAUAUUGACAUGAAAGAUGCUGAAUCAGCGGCUAAAGCAGUACAGGAAAAAAAUGAAUUUGAAUUAUGUGGUCGUAAUUUAAUAGUAGCCAUUAGUGAUCCAACAAAAUCAUUUAUUAGCGAUUCGAAAGAUCUUAAUCAAAAACAUAUAGUAAAACCUUCAUCAAAUGAAGAAUUUCGAAAACCCGGACCAACAUCAAUGGUACCACAUUCUUUACUUAGAACAAGAUCAUCUAAAGUUAAACUUCAAAUCGGAAAUGAACAUCAACCACCACAAUCAUCAUCAUCAGCAUUAAGCCAAAACCAAGAAGCUGUAAGCAAAUCCGGUUUAAAUAAUGAUCAAUUUCGUUCAAUGUUUCUCAAAUAAUAAAUAAUUUCAAAGUAUUUGAAUAAAAAAAAUAAACUUUAUUUUCAUAUAUUUA